AUGGCUAACAUCGAUCAAAAACUUCUAACAUCCCGGCAUCGAAUUUUAGAACGAAUUAAAAGCUUCAAAGAAUUCUUAGACGCAUACGACACCAAUCCGAAUUCGUUAAUUUUAAAAUUGAGACAUAAGCAAAUAAUCACAGAUUAUGAAGAACACGAGAAGGUUCAAAAUAGCAUAGAAGCAAAAACUGAUGCAGGAAACGUAGCUGCCGAAAUAGCAGAAAGAAUCAAAAUCGAGAACGAAAAAUAUAUAUUAUUGGCAAGGGUGCUAGAAAUAUUAGACAAGGUAGCUCUAGUUACGGUAGAUGGUUCAAGCAAUAUUUCAAACAAUCAUGACAAUAGUGAAACACACGGCGCAACAUCACCCGCAUUCAAUCAAGUCGACACUCCAGGAAUUCAUAUCAAUUUACCUAAGCUCGACUUGCCUAAAUUCAGCGGUUCGUAUGAGGCAUGGCCAGGUUUCGCGGAUUCCUUUUGUUCGGCUAUACACAAUAUGCCGCGUUUCAGCGACGCGCAAAAAUUAAUCUAUUUGCGAUCAUGUUUGACCGGAAAUUCCGCGGAUAAAAUCGAAUCCUUACAAAGUACCGAUGCAAACUAUACGGUAGCGUGGGAUUUACUCGAAAAAUCCUAUAACGAUCCAAACGCAUUAUUAAUUAAACAUGUGAAAGCGUUUUUUGAGUUCCCCACGUGUAACAAAGCAUCGUCUCGAUCUAUUGGUGAUAUUUCGGAUUCAGCAAGAAAGCAUUAUCGCGCAUUAGAAGCAUUACAAAAACCAUUUUUAGAGAUCUUUCCAAUUUAUGCAGUAAUAUCAAAGCUUGAUGAUGAAACACGUCUUAAAUGGAAGGAAACUCUUUGCAAUAAUACCAUUCCCACAAUAGAAAAUCUGCUCGAAUUUUUACACAAUCGUCAAAGAGUCUUAGAGGAUACUAAGCCGCAAAGAACAGACAAAUCCUACAACUCGUCUAAUUUUACAUCUUCACUAAACAAAUCGCGACCUCAAAAAUCUUACUCAGCUCAAAUAAACGUUAAACCACCUUAUUGCUGUUUAUGCAAAUCGGAUCAUUACACCCAGAAUUGCGAGAAAAUCGUCAAUGCUACCAUGGAUGAGCGCGAGAGAAUAGUAAAGGAGUACAAGUUAUGCUUAAAUUGCUUACGCGCUAAUCAUGAAAUACAAGAUUGCAAAUCUAAGGGCUGUAAAAGAUGUAAUAAACGCCAUCAUACUUUGUUGCAUAAGGACUUACCCAACAAUCCAUCAAUUAAUUCUCAAGCGAACAGUCUAAAAUCUAAUAUUGCGUGUUUAUAUUCUAGUUAUUCGAGUCAAAUUCUCUUAGCGACAGCACAAAUAGAUUUCUUAGAUCGCGACGGAAACCCGCACUCUGCUCGAGUUCUUUUAGAUUCUUGCUCUCAGGCAAACUUUAUAACGAAAAAUUUAGCUGACAAACUGAAGUUGCCUCGGUACGAUAUCAACGUGUCUGUGUCUGGCAUAAACGACACUGUCAUGCAUUACAGGAAUAUGAUAAACGCCAAAUUUAAAUCUAGAGUCCAUGAUUACUCCAACGAAUUAGAAUUCCUUGUUCGCGACAGAUUUCCUGAUGUUGUUCCCGCAUAUUAA